UUGUACUUUGACUGCUCCGAAAACUAGUUUGCUGUUUGAAACUUGUUUGUUUCAGCUCGCAUCAAGAUACAUGUUAUUUUAACGGAACCGUAGCAACUGGGGCUCGCUUGCCCUCCGGCCUUUCUUCGUUAAUUCCGGCUUGCCUGAAUUGUUAGUUUAAUUCGGCCCAGCUGCUACGUCCUAAAAUGCUCCGCCUGGGCCAAGCCACCGCUGUGUUGCGAUUACUUUCUACGGAGAGCUGCUUGGGGAUUGGAGGCAUCUCCCCGAGAAGAUCCGCGUCCGGAGAGAAGAAAAAAGAGAUUCUGUUACACGUGCAUGGAAAGGCAGACUGCGGAAUUGCAGAAAUUCAGAUGAACAGACCACAUGCCAGAAACGCCCUGGGAAAAGUGUUUGUGGACGAAUUAUAUGAAAUCCUUGAUGUUCUCCGUUUUGAUGAAAGUAUACGUGCUGUAAUAGUCAAAAGCAAAGUAAAGGGUGUUUUUUGUGCUGGUGCUGACUUAAAAGAGAGAGCUCGAAUGAAUGAUUCUGAAGCUGACCAUUUUGUUCAGAGGCUCAGAAGUUUAAUGGACAACAUUGCUGCAUUACCAAUGCCGAGUAUUGCUGCAAUUGAUGGCUAUGCUUUGGGUGGCGGCUUGGAGAUGGCGCUAGCUUGUGAUCUCCGAGUAGCAGCAUCGUCAGCUAAAAUGGGUUUAAUUGAAACUACCAGAGGACUUUUCCCUGGUGCAGGUGGAACCCAGCGCUUACCACGCUGCAUUGGCAUUGCCCUUGCCAAAGAGCUCAUUUUCACUGGCAGACAGAUUGAUGGGCAAGAGGCUUUCUCCAUGGGGUUACUUAAUCACACAGUACCACAGAAUGAGGAAGGAGAUGCAGCAUACCAAAAGGCAUUAACUUUAGCUGAAGAAAUAGUUCCUCAGGCUCCAAUAGCUGUGAGGCUGGGUAAAUUGGCUAUAAACAAAGGGAUUGAGGUUGAUAUUGCCUCAGGAAUGGCUAUUGAAAGAAUGUGCUAUGCUCAGAAUCUCCCUACCAGAGACCGCCAGGAAGGAAUGGCUGCUUUCAUUGAGAAACGACUUCCAAAAUUCACUGGUAAAUAAGGCUAACACUGUUUCUGAAAGUGCCUGAAUACAAUACAAGGAGGUGAUCAAAAGGCUGUGCCUUAUUGGAAAGCUUUUCCUUAUAAGCUUUAGGCUUAAUGUUUUUCGGGGGUUUUUUUGGCUUGGAAUCUGUUUUGGAUGUCAAGAACUAAACAGUAAUAAUGUAAAGGGUAUUACUGUUCAAAUAUGACAGUAAUGAAAAAAAUCAUUUUCCAACCAAAGCCCGCACUUAUGAGGGAGAGAGUAACACUGACUAUUACUGCACAAGAAAACUUUUAUCCAGCGAGACAGCAGCAGUUGGUGAUUUUGCAGCUUUUCUCUUUUUUUCUGUCACAAUGUUCACUUAGGAACAGAUUUCAGUUGCUAAAUGAGGAGAGACUGUGUUAUCAUCCCAAAGAGCAAGCAACUGCAUUUGUUAGAUUUUAUAAGCAAUGUACAAAAAAAUAAGAUUCUUCUCCAAAGAAAAUUUACAAUAAUGUAUAAAGUCACCUUUGAAUCAGCUUCAGCUUCUGGUAAUUUAUAAUGGAUAAACCAAUGCAGUUUUCUUAGUAUAGAUGGAAGUGGUUUGCCAUUGUUAGCUUUGGGAUUUUUUUUUAAUGGCUAUCAAAUGCAGAAUUUCAUGUAAUUCCCUAAACAUCUUAAGAACUUCAAUUAUUUUAUGACAAAAUAAUGUAAACCUAUAUGAGUUUUCUCUACAUUUCUGAAUUAUAUAAAGCUCAGAAUUAAAAGACUAAACUGAAAA